AUGACUGCAGAGCUGCCCUUCCAGCUGGCCAACAAGAGCCUCGCCAACCCCUACUGCCUUGUCGACGGCCAAGACAUGUCCGCCAAGUCGGGAAAACGAUAUGACGUCAUCGAUCCAGGCACCGGCAGGCCGUGGACAUCCUGUCCCGAUUGCGGCAGCGAGGACGUUGACGCGGCCGUGCAGUCGAGCCGCAGAGCCUUCCUGGAAUACUCCAAAUGGACCCCGAGGAAGCGUGCCCAGACCAUGUCCAGAUGGCACCAGCUGAUCGUCGCCGCCCGCGAGGAUCUGGCCAAGAUCCUCGUCCACGAGACUGGGAAACCACUCGCGGAGGCAUACGGCGAGGUUGACUACGCGGCAAGCUUCGCCUGGUGGUUCGUGGGCGAGGCAGAAAGGGCCCAUGGCAGCUCCAUAGUGUCCGCGGUUCCGGGCCGCCGCGCCAUCACCAUCAAGCAGCCGAUCGGGGUUGCUGCCGCCCUGGUGCCGUGGAACUUCCCCGUCGCCCUGACUCUGAGGAAGAUGGCGGCAGCGCUGGCAGCGGGUUGUACCAUGGUCGUCAAGCCGUCGCCCGAAACGCCCCUGACCGCCGGUGCCGUGGCACGCCUCGGGCUCGAGGCUGGAUUCCCCGUCGGCACCCUCAACGUCUUGACCACCAGUCUCGACAACACGCCGUCCGUUGCGGAAUCUCUGUGCCUCCACCCGUUGGUGCACAAGGUUACCUUUACUGGCAGCACGCGUGUGGGCAAGAUAAUCACCAGUCUUUGUGCGCCCAACCUCAAAAAGUUCACCUUGGAGCUCGGCGGAAACUGCCCCUUCAUUGUCUUUGAUGAUGCCAACAUUGACCAGGCACUCAGCCAACUUAUGGCGCUAAAAUGGCGCCAUGCUGGCCAGGCUUGUAUUUCGUCAAAUCGCUUAUACGUCCAGCGUGGCGUGUACGCCUCCUUUGUCGACGAGCUCGUUCAUAGAACCUCCCUGCUCAAGGUCGGGCACGGAAUGGCCCAGGGAACGACCAUGGGCCCCGUCACGACGCCCCGAGCACUCGACAAAGCUGAGGCCAUGGCCAAAGAUGCCAUUGCACGUGGUGCCAAAAUCGUACACGGGACAGGUCUCCGUGCUGAAUCUAGGGCGGGAUACUUUAUGAAUCCAACCAUUUUGACAGAGGUGACGGACGACAUGCUCAUGAGCAAGGAUGAGAUUUUUGCACCGCUUCUCGGCGUGUCCAUGUUUGAUACCGAGAACGAAGUCAUCGCACGAGCAAACAAUACCACCAUGGGAUUGGCGAGCUACGUCUUCACCAAGAAUGUUGACCGUUUGUGGAGGAUGUUUGAGAGGCUGGAGGCCGGCAUGAUCGGAUUGAAUACUGGAAACAGUUCAUGCGCUGAAGCCCCCUUUGGCGGUAUCAAGGAGAGUGGCUGUGGAAAGGAGAGCGGUAAAGAUGUGGCGGUGGAGGAGUUUCUGGUGACCAAGAAUGGGACGCUGACAGUCGAAGAUCAUUGGUGA